CUUUUCAUCUGUUUUGUUUCAUUAUUUCAUUUAAUUAUUUUUCAAUUCCCAAUGGCCAAUAGUGAUCGAGUCAGUAUUUAAUAACUUACGUAUCUUGUUAGAGCCCAUCGAUCACAGUUGCGAAAUCUCUAACGAAACCACUCGAUGGCGAUUCCACAAAGAAACAAGCGCAAAGCACGAUCCUCGCCGGAACCACCACACAACUCCGACAUUCCUUCUUCUGCCGCUGAUAACUUCUUUUCUCCGUCGACGAACCCGUUCGUUUUCCCGCCAGGUUAUAGAUUUGUACCAAAUGACGAAGAACUCAUCUUGCAUUACUUGAAACCCUUCUCGCAAGGCAACAAAUGCUCAUUUCUCAAUGUUCCUAUCAAUCACGUGAACAUCUACGAGUCAAAUCCACAACAGCUUUCAGAGAAAUAUGAGAAGGGUAAUGAUAAAGAAUGGUUCUUUAUAUCGGAGAGGACCAAGAUCGGUGAAGCUGGAAGAAAUAAGAAACGUGUCGCCAAUGGAGGAUAUUGGAACGCAACUGUAGCUACCAAGAGGAUUGACGCUGGAAAUGGCAUAGUCGGCUACAAAAUCUCACUAGAAUACUACGUUGGGAAACAACCCAAUGGUGUAAAAGGGGAUUGGUUAAUGCAUGAAUACUGGUUUGAGUCUUCAGAUGAUAACAACAACGAGAAGGUAGAUCAUGUUUUGUGCAAGAUUUAUCUGACUCCAACGGCAGCAAAGAAGAAGAAAGCAGAGGAAGAAGAGAAUGAGAAGCUGAAGAAAGAAGAAGUCGUAUUCAAAGAAGAGGUUAAGCAGCUGGAUUUGCAUCAAUCGGACCAAUCGCAUCCUCAUGAUAUUGUGUAUCAGCCGCAGUCUUUUCCUUAUGACUUGGAUCAUUUUUCUGAGUUGAUCAGCUUUGAACAGCAACCAGUGAUCCCAGAAGAUUUUGAAGAUUUCUUGGCUGAUUUCAUUAAGCCACAUCCACUAGAUGGAGAUGAAGAAUCCAACAAUUAUGGUUUAUUUGAAGGCUUCUUCGACACACAAGGAAUGAUAAAACAUUAACUGAUCUCAGCCUGCUCACACUUUUUCAUUUUGCUUUGCGUUUUCAAACCCUCAAUCUAGCUUUUAUGCCUUUCUGGAUUUUGUUAUCAAAGAGAAAACAGAGGAAGAUUUUCUUCCUGUCUUAGUUGCUAAUUGCUCUGUUUCAAUGUUCUCCAAAACGAGAGAUAAUUCCCUCCGUCUUUCUUGACUUUAAUGCCUUGAUAUACCACAUUUAUACACAAUUUGUUCAACAUUUUCUAUUCGUCUGAAACUUCAAACAUACACCAACACGUUACAGAUGU